UCACGCGCCUUGCCGGGAAAAGCUGCCGAUCUUGCCGGGCUUGAGUUUCGAUUGUGUUCGGCUGUGCGCGUCCCCCAAAUCUGUAAGCAAUGAAUACAAGAACGGCCCCAGAUAAGGGGCGGCAGCGGCCGCGCAAGAUAGGCGGGUCCUCAACUGAUUGAACAACGUUCUGGCCGUGCUUCUGCAAGAAUAAAGCGCAGCGCGUUAUCGAUAUCGCCGUGCAGCGCAUAGACCGGUGCCAAACAAUAACCGUACACAGCCGACUCCAGUCCGCACGGCUCCACCAAUACACCCCGCUAUGGAAAAGCUGCAGCGACGAAGUUCGUGGCGCCUGUGGGCGGCGUCGGCCGGUGCGUGGCUGCUGUUGAUGCUGUGCUGCUGCUGCUGCCCGGAGCCCGUGGGGGCGACGCUGUGCAACGAGCUGACAAUGCUGUCCGAGGAGUGCCAGUGCGACGAGUUCGACGGGAGGCUCACGCUGCGGUGGGCAAACAUCCACGCCAGCCCGCUGCUCAGCGACCUGGAGAGGGUGGCCGAAGCCAAGAUACCCCUGUACGAGAUUCAGAUACGGGACUCUGACCUGGAGGAGCUGAAAAAGGCGUUCCCGCAGUACAUCAACGAGCAUGUCGAGCGGCUCACACUUGACAACACACGCAUCGGCCAGGUCUAUGUGGGCGACAUCAUACGGCCCAUGGCGAAGCUGCGUAGCCUGCAGCUCGAGAACGAGACCAUCCAGCAGCUGGAGGCGAACAUGUUCGACUCGCUGCCCCUGCUAGAUGAGCUGGCCGUGAACAGCGCACACCUGGUGUCGGUGCGCGAGAACGCGUUCGUCAAGCUCAACCUGAGCCGGCUUUGGCUGCGCCACAACCACCUGACUCAGGUGCCGGGCGCCGUGAGCAAGCUGCCCUACCUGCGCGAGCUGGACCUCUUCGAGAACCGCAUCGAGGUGGUCACCGACCAGGAGGCGCUCGUGCUCCAGUCCAACCUCAAGCACCUCCGCCGUCUGGUCAUGAACAAGAUGCAGUGCGACUGCGACUUGGGCAAGGGGGAGUUCCUGUCCUGGAUCCGGCGGGCGAACAUCAGCGGCGUCAAAUGCGGAGAGCCGCCGUUCCUGCUUAGCAAGGACGUGACCGCGCUCACCACCAAGCAGUUCUGCGACGGGGCCGCCGCGCCACCAGCAGGAGCGGUAAUCGUGGUCGCAUUGGCGGCAGCCAUCGCCGCUCGCCACUUUGCCGUCUCCGCCAGCUGAGAGAAAGCAGUGUGUUCGGGAUUCGUGACUAUAGGUGGUGUCCAAACCCACGCGCCAGCGACGGUCGCCUCUGAGUAAUUAAAACAGAUCUCGAAGGUUAUGCAUUUGCGCGCUGCAAUGCACCGGAAGUGAUUGCGGAGCCGGAAAGACAUCGGGGUCGUCAUGUUUUAGACAUCACCUAUCACGACGGAGAGCCCUGUGGUGUCCUGUUCUGCUCGCAUUGUUUGUGGUCCGAGUGCAAUUUGGACACGAGUGGAGAAGCGUCGACGAAUCCAGCGAGACGAAGUGAACGGAACAUUGUUGUCGAAGUGCGGGCACAAACCAUUACACGUUCACGCGAUAGUGUAGGCGUUGUGGUGCAGGCGCCAAGACUCCACGGUUGCCGCUUUUUCUUGUAUGAUUAAAUAAGAAAGAUAAAAAAAAGAUGCGAAUAUAACGGUCUAAAAAAUUACUACCAUUUCGUCAUCCACGUGAAGCACGUCGGCCCGGUGCUGUAGGGUGUCGUCGCCAAACCGCAGUUUCUGUGCUUACUUUCUCAACUUUCCAAAAUGCAAACACCAUCUAUUAAUUGUUCUCGUCUGCGUGGCGUUGCCAAUGUCCGACGUUCAUACGCAUAUAGUAGGUGCAACGACACAAUGGCUGAGGCUGUCUUCAUGGGCAAAUGCUAGCAAGCUAGAGUAUUGGUGCCUCAGGCCAAUUCAGUACCAAUUUUGUGCUCACGCAGACCCAGCCCCACCGCACCUAUUCAAGACUUACACUAUAGAUAUCCUUCUCUUGAACCGGGAUAUCCAUGGAGCAUGCAUAUGUGAAGCAAAUGGCAAUGCUCAGAUGCUGGGUGAAACAAAUAGCGAAGUACAGCGGCCAUCAACCUAUAGUUCAAGAAGCGCAUGUGUAUCGAAUGGACAUCACAGGCAUCAAUUUUCAUAGGAAAUGCCACGCUCCCACUUUAUUCUCACCUAUACUCAUCAUACCAGCAGCCAAACGUGUCUAGCGCUCUGUAUAGGUUUAUCCUGUCCUUCGAUUGGUUUUGUCAGAGACAGUCUUCAUACCCCAACUAAUCAGUUCGAUUAAGCAUCGUCGGUUUCCGGUGAGCGAAACGGCUUACUGGCGGAUUCAGAGGGAAGGAGAGGGGGCCUAAGGCCCUCUCCCUUCUUCCAAGACAUGCCGACUGACAGUAUUCAGCGUGCAGCAAAUUUUCAGCUGAAAACUUGAGCCAAAAGGAAAAACGAAAGAUCAUUCAAGCGCUUGCAGGGAAUUCAAGUUUCAUGAUAUGGAAUAAUUAAGAAUUAACUCUUGUAUAACAAGGAAUGGCUCUGAAGCCAAGUUGCUGCCCAGGCGAAGGCACGUCUUCCUGUCGAAACGUUGACUUCAGCGACAUUCCUUGUCCCACCACAGUUGACGAUUUGAAGCGCCGAUUUGAAGCGCCAUCUGACCCUAUCUCUUGUUUUGGAUAACUGUGGAGACAAUGAGAAAAACAGCCCAGUGGAGAAGUCGUAAUAAAAUUGUAGCCCAUUGUGACAUUGAAUAAAAUAAAAACAGAAUAAAGAACUCCA